UGGCUCAACGACGUUAUGGUUACGCUAGCUGCGUGUUUUUUCUCCUAUUUUUUUUUACUCAUUUUUCCUCAGUUGCACACAGCCACAGCUUAGCAUAUGUUCAGCUCGAGCUGUUUAAUAAGUAGCCAGAUCGUCUGUCACGCUUGAAAUAUCGAAACCAGCGAUUGUUUGGACUUUUGGAGGCCGUGUGUUUUAUUUUAACGCAUUUUUUCAACGACCAAUCAAGAUUUUUUUCCUUUUUUUAAUACACAACACGAUUGCCUACCACCUCGCUGGACGGGCAUAUCAAAAUUUACGUUUUUUUUAUUAAAGAAGAAAGAAUUGGGGUUGAAUGCUGUUUGUUUUCCAGCCAGCACAGCAGCACCAAAGCUCAAAUUAUUAGCAAAAAUAUCACCAGCUGCUUUAAUAUACUUUUUUGUGUGACAAUCUGGCAACCCGCGCCCUCACAUCGAUCUGCCUGAGCUGUCAAUCCAGUAUUUUUGCCUAUUUUUUCCCCCAGAUGCUCUCUAGUUAACAGCGUUUGCUGUCAGUAUCAGAGCCUAAAAUUGACCAAGUGCAGAACUAAAGCUGUGAGCUCUUAUCUGUUUGACAGCUCAUCUAUAAAAGUCUUCAGACCUUCCUAUGCUUUCAGGAAGAGUUGCCAGAUUGUGCCAACCUGGAAGGGGUUUUGUCCAAAAUCUCGAUUAAUAUGAACAGGACUAGUUAACUAGUUACUUCUUGGCAGCUGAGGGACAUUUUUAAUUCGAUUUUAUCAAAACCAGCGUGUUUAGUUGUUUUUUUUUACAACCCGUUUUUUGUACACAUUUCUGGUUUUCUCAAAUAUCAACAAUCCCCACAUCUAAACACCUCCCUCGCUGCCUUAUGCAAGCAAUAUUUUGUAUAAAAUUCGCCUGCCUGGGUUUUUCUGGAGGAGGAAGAAGCGCUCUGCAGCGAAAGGCUGCUGCUUGUUUCUUUUCUGACACGGAUUGUCGUUUUUUAAUCGCUGUUUAUUGCUUAAAAUGACGGCUAUUGAGAAACUGCAGAUGUUAAUCGAAGCAGCUGAAUAUCUCGAUCGGAGAGAAAGAGAAGCGGAGCACGGCUAUGCCUCCAUGUUACCCUUCACCAGCAACAAAGAGAGGGAUGGCUUGAAGCGAAAAAUCAAAAGCAAGAAAAAUUGCAGCAGCAGGUCUACACACAAUGAGAUGGAGAAGAACAGGAGGGCACAUUUACGGCUGUGUUUGGAGCGCUUAAAAUCCCUUGUGCCCUUAGGACCAGACUCAAACCGGCACACAACCCUCAGCCUCCUCAUGAGGGCUAAGGAACACAUCAAGAGGUUGGAGGAUGGUGAGAGGAAGGCCCAGCACACUAUAGACCAGCUGCAGAGAGAACAGAGGCACCUGCACAGAUGCCUGGAGCAGCUCGGUGUGGAGCGCACACGAAUGGACAGCAUGGGCUCUUCAGACAAAUCUGACUCCGACCAAGAAGAGUUGGAUGUUGACGUGGAAGGAACAGACUAUCUUCUGGGAGACCUGGAGUGGAGCAUGAGCAGCGUGAGCGACUCGGACGAGCGGGGAAGUUUGCGCAGCAGCUGCAGCGAUGAAGGCUAUUCCAGUGCCAGUCUCCGUCGACUGGCCGACCCUCAGGACAAGAGCCCUGCGCUGACCUGCAGUCUAUAAGAGCUCAGACCCCCCUCAUCUCCUCCUGUACCUCCACACAGCUCCUCUAAUACUUGAACGCUGUUCAUCAGAUCAUGACAGCGUCAUGCUCCCAUCACGCCAUCCUGGAGAAAAACCCUUAAAGAGAAUGUGCACCGUUUCACACCCACUGCCUCCGUCUCACAGAACCGUCCCGAUGCACAUGACCUGUUUUGCUCUUACACGACCAGUCAUGUUUUUGAACAGUACGAUUUUUAAUGUUUUUUAAAGAAGUCUCUUCUGCUCACCAAG